AUGGAGGCCAGGAGCCGGAGUGCCGAGGAGCUGAGGCGGACGGAGCUGGUGGAGAUCAUAGUGGAGACGGAGGCGCAGACCGGAGUCAGCGGCAUCAACGUGGCGGGAGGCGGCAAAGAAGGCCUCUUCGUUCGAGAGCUGCGCGAGGACUCGCCGGCCGCCCGGAGCCUCAGCCUGCAGGAAGGGGACCAGCUGCUGAGCGCCCGCGUGUUCUUUGAAAACGUCAAGUAUGAGGAUGCACUGCGCCUGCUCCAAUGCGCUGAGCCUUACAAGGUCUCCUUCUGCCUGAAGCGCACUGUGCCCACCGGGGACCUGGCGCUGCGGCCCGGCACCGUGGCCGGUUACGAGAUCAAGGGCCCGCGGGCCAAGGUGGCCAAGCUGAAUAUCCAGAGUCUCUCCCCUGUGAAGAAGAAGAAGAUGAUGAUGCCUGGGGUUCUUGGGUCCCCCGCAGAUCUGGCCCCUGUUGACGUCGAGUUCUCCUUCCCCAAGUUCUCCCGCCUGCGCCGGGGUCUCAAAGCCGAGACCCUCGAGGGGCCCGUCCCUGCUGCCCCUGCCCGCCCACGCCUCCAGCUGCCUCGGCUACGUGUGCGGGAAGUGGCCCAAGGAGCCCAGGCAGCUCGACUGGCUGCCGCGGCCCCUCCCCCCAGGAAGGUCAAGGUGGAGGCUGAGGAGGGGGCAGCAGGAGCCCGUUUUGCCGCCCCCCAGGUGGAGUUGGUUGGGCCCCGGUUGCCAGGUGCUGACGCAAGUGUGCCACAGGUCCCAGCUCCCAAAGGGCCCCCCUCAGCAGAAGUGGCCAGCAGCUUCACCCUCCUUCCAGCCCUCGGCUUGGGAGCCCUGGCUGCACCUGCCGUGGAGACUCCUCCUGCAGGGAUCCAGCUUCCCCAGGUAGAGCUGCCUGCCUUGCCCUCCCUGCCUACUCUGCCCACACUUCCUUGCCUAGAGGCCCGGGAAGGGGCUGCGGCCGUGACCGUGCCCAUCCUGGAUGUGGCAGCACCUGCUGUGGGUGUGGACCUGGCCUUGCCGGGUGCAGAGGUGGAGGCCCGGGCAGAGGUGCCUGAGGUGGCUCUGAAGAUGCCCCGCCUCAGCUUCCCCCGCUUCGGGGCUCGAGCGAAGGAUACUGUUGAGGCCAAGGUGGCCAAGGGCAGCCCAGAGGCCAAGGCCAAGGGGCCCAGACUUCGAAUGCCCACUUUUGGCCUUUCCCUCCUGGAGUCCCGGGCCACACCGGAAGCCACUACAGAAAGUAAGCUAAAGCUGCCAACCAUCAAGAUGCCUGCCUUUGGCAUCGGGGUGUCGGGGCCUGAGGUCAAGGGGCCCAAGGGGGCAGAAGUGAAACUCCCCAGAGCUCCUGAUGUCAAGCUCCCCAAAAUGCCUGAGGUGACUGUGCCUGAGGUGCGGCUCCCGGAAGUACAGCUGCCCAAAGUCCCUGAGAUGAAGCUACCCAAGGUGCCUGAGAUGGCCGUGCCUGAUGUGCAACUGCCCGAGGUGCAACUGCCCAAAGUCUGUGAGAUGAAAUUUCCAGAAAUGAAGUUGCCCAAGGUGCCCGAGAUGGCCGUGCCUGACGUGCACCUUCCAGAGGUGCAGCUGCCGAAGGUUCCAGAAAUGAAGCUCCCGAAGGUGCCUGAGAUGGCUGUGCCCGACGUGCACCUGCCACAGGUACAGCUGCCAAAAGUUUCAGAAAUGAAGCUCCCCAAGGUGCCUGAGAUGGCUGUGCCGGAUGUGCACCUGCCACAGGUACAGCUGCCAAAGGUUCCAGAAAUGAAAUUGCCCAAAGUGCCUGAGAUGGCCGUGCCGGAUGUGCACCUCCCAGAGGUGCAGCUACCGAAAGUCUCUGAGAUGAAGCUUCCAGAAAUAAAGCUCCCCAAGGUGCCCGAGAUGGCUGUACCUGAUGUGCGGCUCCCAGAAGUGCAGCUGCCCGAAGUUUCAGAAAUGAAGUUUCCAGAAAUGAAGCUUCCAGAAAUGAAGCUCCCGGAGGUGCAGCUACCGAAAGUCUCUGAGAUGAAGCUUCCAGAAAUGAAACUCCCCAAGGUGCCUGAGAUAGCCGUGCCUGAUGUGCGACUCCCGGAGGUACAGCUGCCGAAGGUGUCAGAGAUUCGACUGCCAGAGCUCCAGGUGCCCAAGGUCCCUGAGGUGUGUCUCCCUGAGGUCCCAGAGCUGAAGCUGCCUCAGCCCCCGGAGGUACAGCUGACAUCUGCCAGGCCAGAGCAGGCUGAAGGGAUAGAAUUUGGCUUCAAGAUGCCCAAGAUGACCAUGCCUAAAUUAGGAAGGGCAGAGUCUCCAACUCUGCGAGGCAAGCUGGGUGAGGCAGGUGCCCAGGGUCCAGGGAAACUGCUGCCGCUGCCCUGUCUGCAGCCGGAGGAGGGGAGUGAGGCCCGUGCGGGGGCCCCCUCGCUCACUCUGCCCUCCGUGGAGCUGCGCCUGCCCGGACCCCUCAGUUUGGAGACGCCUGUCCAAGCUGCGGGAGCCAAGCCGGCAGAGGGCGCCGCAGGAACGGCUGGGGCCGCCGAGGUGGGCUUCCGGGUGCCCUCCGUUGAGCUGGUUGCUCCGCAGCUGCCCACAGCAGCCCAGGUGGAAGAGGGGCGGCCAGGGACCCCAGAGAUGAAAGGCAGGUCCUCCUCCAGGUUCUCCUUGCCUAAGUUUGGACUUUCGGGGCCCAAGGUGGCCAAGGCAGAGGUCGAAGGGGCCGGGCGAGCCAGCAAGCUGAAGGUGUCCAAGUUCGCCAUCUCGCUCCCCAAGGCCAAGGCGGGGACAGAGUCGGAGACCAAAGGAGAGGCAAGCCUGCUGCCCGCCCUCGACCUGUCCAUCCCACAGCUUGGGCUGGAUGCCCAUCCGCCAGCGGGCAAGGUGGAGGGGGCAGGGCCUGACGGCAAGCUCAAAGGGCCUAGGUUUGCUCUGCCCAAAUUUGGGGUCAGAGGUCGGGACACGGGGGCAGGGGAGCUGGCGCCAGGAGGGGCAGAGCUGGAAGCCAAGGGCUGGGGCUGGGACGGGAAGGUGAAGAUGCCCAAGCUAAGGAUGCCGUCCUUUGGGCUGGCUCGAGGUCGGGAGGCUGAGGCUCAGGCUGCACGUGGCAGCCCCGGGGAGAAGCUGGAGACCAUCACGGGACAGCUGAAGAUCCCAGAGGUGGAGCUAGUUACACUGGGGACCCAGGAGGCGGGAGGGGCAGCUGCUGUCAGUGGGACGCAGGUGUCCACCAUCAAACAGGCAGUCCCUGAAAGCCACCAGGGCGAGCUGAGAAUACCCCCACUGAGCAUCUCACUGCCCCAGGUUGAGCUGACCGGUUUUGGGGAGGUGGGUACCCCGGGGCAACAGGUUGAGGAUAAAGCCCCUAUAGACCAGGACACCGCAGGCUACAAGAUCCAGGGGCCUCAGGUGAGUCUGGCGCUGCCUGGGGCCCAGGCGAGAGGAGGCGAGCUUUUGGUGGGCGAGGGCAUCUUCAAGAUGCCCGCUGUGUCAGUGCCCCAGCUUGAGCUGGACGUGGGCAUGGGCCAUGAGGCACAGGCUGGGGAGGUAGCCAUGGGUGAGGGUGGCCUGAGGCUAAAAUCGCCCACCCUGGGGACCGGAAUUGAGGCUGGGGGACAGGGCACUGAGGACCAGGCCCCAGGGGCUGAGCGCACCUUCCGCCUUUUACUGCCUGAUGUGGAACUGUCACCGCCAGCUGUGGGCAGCCACGCUGAGUACCAAGUGACAGAGGGCGAUGGGGAUACAGGCCACAAGCUCAAGGUGCGGCUGCCCAAGUUGGGCCUGACGAGGGCCAGGGAGGGGGCGGAGGAGGGUGAGAAAACCAAGAGUCCCAAGCUCAGGCUGCCCCGUGUGGGGUUCAGCCAAAGUGAGCCAGCUGGCAGGGAGGGCUCACCCAGCCCAAAAGAGGAGGAAGAGGAGGAGGAGGGGCGCCAGGGCCGGGGACGGGUCCGCUUGCCCCGAGUGGGCCUGGUGUCCCCUUCCAAGGCCUCUAGGGGGCAGGAAGGCGAGGUGCCUGCCAAGUCUCCUGUAGGGGAGAAGUCACCCAAGUUUCGAUUCCCCAGGGUGUCCCUAAGCCCUAAGGCCCGGAGCGGGAGUGAGGAUCGGGAGGAGGGUGGAUUCCGAGUCCGGCUGCCCAGUGUGGGGUUUUCUGAGGUGGGGGCUCCGGGCCCCACCCGGCUGGAGGGGGCUCAGGCUGCUGCUGUCUGA